AUGAUGAUGAUGGAAGCAUCAUCGAACAGUCGAGAUGGAUUGUCAUCGACAUCAUUACAGUUAUCUGUUGAACAAUGGGAAUUAUUAAGACGUUUACGUAAUAGUCAUUUAACGAAAGCACAAAUUAUUCGAGCUUAUGAUGAACUUGAUCGACUUGACCGUGAACUUGGAAAUCUAUUUAAUACAGCGCCUCCGCUAUCGUCAACAACGGCUCCUUCAACUGAUCCUGUAUCACCAUCAGCUAUGAUCAACCAACAGAUAUCUCCGUCAUCAUUAUCGGUACAAACGAAUAAUAAACGACCACAUAGUCAUACUGUUAAUGGACUAGCAUCGAGAUCUUCAUCAACAACAUCGAAUGGAUAUCAUACACAUUUACAUCAACAAACACCGUCCCCGAGUGUAAAUGUUCGUUCAAGAAAUAGUGUUAAUGAAAUGAACUCAACAAAUAUGAAUCAAUAUGAAACAAUGAAUCAAAAUGAUAUUGAAGACGAAACAAAAGAAUUACAAGAACUACUUUCUAAGGGUGAUGUUGCUAUUCACAAUGAAAUAUCUGUAUUCGUCUAUCGAUAUGAUCUUAAGCAAUCACAAAUUGCUCGAAUGGCUUCUGUUAAUCAAGCCUAUGUAUCAAAAUUCUUACGUGGUGAUUUAUUUGAUUUAUCUGAAAAUGGCCGAAUGGCCAUAUGCCGUUGGUACAUAAGAUAUAGAAAAAUAGUUCAAUCAAUGGGUAAUGGUGCACCGUCUGCUGAAUUAUUAGCUAAUUUAACAUCAUCAUGUGAACCACCGACAAAAGUGCCUCGUAUUUCUGAAUCUCAAACGAAUACUAAUGUAUCACCUGUUUCUUUCGAUGCACCAAAACGUACACGAUUUACCUUUCGACCCGAACAUCUUGAUAUUCUCGAAAAAGCUUUUCUCGAUAAUCCAUAUCCUGAUCCACGCCGUCGUGAAGAUAUAGCUCGUGUAUGUAAUGAAGCACGAACACGUAUUGAAGGUACAAAUGAAGUAUUAAAUGAACGUGAUCGUGUCACAGAUGCUAUUGUCACACAUUGGUUUCAAAAUAAAAGAAAAAUGGCUAAGAGUCAAAGAGUAUCAAUCCAUGAUGAUUCGAUGCCAUUGAAUAUAGCCAAUAAUAGUAAUAAUCAAAUGUCAACAACGAAUGAUUUUGAAAAUAUGAAUGGUGAUGAUGAUUUACAUAUGCAACAGCAAAAAUCAAUUGCACCUAUGGGUGAUGUUGAUUGUUACGAUACAUCAGCAUCAUUACUCGAUCCGCAAAUGGCUGCUUAUCGAGCUAUAAUGAGUCGGAUGGUUCCUUUUGCUAAUAAUGUCAAUGGUAUUAAUUCACCGAAUCGACUUGUUAAACAAGAACCAUAUCAUACACACGAUGAAUCAAGUCAUGAUGAUGAAUCGAACUCUUCAUCACCAUUAAAUGAUCAUUUGUCACCGUGA